AUGUCUGAAUUCCUUGGGUCACGGAUAUCGCUCAUCUCAAAGAGUGACAUCCGCUACUCUGGCGUCCUUCACGAAAUCAACUCGGAGGAGUCCACCGUAUCGCUCGAGAAUGUCAGAUCCUUUGGUACCGAGGGCCGCAGAGGAGGCGACCCCGAGCAAGAGAUCCUCCCAUCCGAUCAAGUUUACGAAUACAUUGUCUUUCGAGGCAGUGAUGUAAAGGAUUUGCGCAUCGAAGAGGCCGCGCCGGCCAAGGAGAACAAGCCUCCUGCCGUCCCUGAUGAUCCCGCCAUUGUGGGCGCUCGAGCUCGUCCCGUCGGCCCUCCGGGUGCUGCACCUGGCCCGCAGAACCAACCCGGUGGUUUCAACCAGUCACCAUUCCAACAGCAACCUCCCUUCUACCCCCCGGGGCCCGGUGGAUCUGGUGGACCAUGGGGCGGCCGUGGCGGUCCUGGUCCGGAUCCUCGAUUUGGCGGUAUGCCCUACCCGCCUCCUGGCUGGUUUCCUCCCGGUCAAGGAUUUCCUCCUGGACCUCCCGGUCCUUUCAACCCAUACGCAUACCCAGGGGCAGGUCCCCAUGGACACCCGGGUGCUCCUGGAAUGAAUGUGGGAGGCACUCCUCAGCAAGAGAAGCCCAGCCCCAUUGGCCCUGGAGCUGCUCCUGGUUCGGAUAAGCCACGAACUGGUGCUACUCCUACCAAUGCGCCAUCUGCCGAGCCCAAAUCAAUUGGCCAGCCCCCGAAACCGUCUGCAAAUGCGCCUGCCCCGACACCGCCGGUCGAUUCGAAGCCCUCCGCAGCUGAGGUGAAGGCUACUGCCGAGUCCCUGGCUUCUGCUGGACCCGCCAAGGCUCCCCAGCAACCCAGAAACAAUGUGCCUACUGGCCCCAAGAAUAACCGUGUCCAGCCAGCCGUUCCCUACCCUAGUGCAAUUCUUCAAAGAGGUGCUUCGUCGGGAGCUCAGGGCGUACCUCAAGCAGCAGCAGUUGCUGCUGCAGUCAAGCCUGCAGAAUCCGCCAGUGGCUCAGCCACUGCCGCUUCCAUUAGAGAUGCGACACAGCAGGCCAAGGCAGCCGUUGCAGUGGCCAUGGCCAAGCUCGACGCUACUAACGCAGCUUCGGCCGGUCCGUCGGCAAACGGUGGAAAUGUCAUGGACAAUUUGACCAGCAAGGUCAAUGAGAUGAGAGUCAACGCAACCAGAGGCGGGCCUAACCGUGGCCGUGGACGCGGUAACCGACAAGGCGGUACUGCCAAGAUUGAGGUUCCCGUCGACGACUUCAAUUUCGAGGCAUCUAAUGCCAAAUUCAACAAGCAUGAUCUUGUCAAGGAGGCCGUCGCCGGUGGUUCUCCCAUGAAUGAGGCACCCAGCGGUCCUGCACCCGAGAUUGACGAGUCCCCUGCCGAUGGAACACAGCCUCCUGCUUACAAUAAGACAAGAUCUUUCUUUGACAACAUCUCAAGCGAAGCCAAGGAUCGUGCCGAGAGCAGCGGCCCCAAGCCUGGUGGUCGUGAAUGGCGCGGCGAGGAACAGCGCAAGAACAUGGAGACCUUUGGUCAAGGAAGCGUUGACGGUGGCUACCGAGGCGGCUACCGAGGCAGAGGCCGCGGACGAGGCCGUGGUCGGGGUGGAAGAGGUGGUUUCAGACCUCGUGGCGAGAGUUCGGCUGUUCCUCAAUAG